GUUCGAACGAAUCAACAAGACGGCCAACACUGCUGGAGAUCGUCACGCGACAUGUCGUCAGGCGAGCGCAUUUGCGAUGUUUGCUCGUCCAGCAAUGUCGUCAAUGAUCCAGGCAAUGGAUCUCUUGUCUGCAUCGACUGUGGAAGUGUCAUCGAAGAGGACGCCAUUGUCAGCGAGGUCACCUUUGCAGAGACCUCGACCGGAGCCGCAGUCGUCACUGGAACGUAUCUUUCUGGAGACGCUGUAAGAGCAAGGGGCACGGGACCCUAUCGCAAUGGUGCACCUGGUCCAGAGUCAAGAGAGCAGACGCUCGCAAAUGGUCGACGCAGAAUGCGAGAGCUCGCCAACUCGCUCUCCAUCGAGGAGAGGGUCACAGACGCUGCUUCUCGCUGGUUCACCCUAGCAAUUCACUCGACGUUCAACAGAGGUCGCAAGACAGACCAUGUCGUCGCCGCCUGCCUCUAUCUUGCCUGUCGACACAAUAAAAUGACACUCAUGCUCAUCGACUUUAGCGACUUGCUCCAAGUCAAUGUCUUUGUGCUCGGCCAGACCUAUCUCAAACUCGUCAAGAAUCUGAAUAUGAGCGAACGAGUGCCUCUGGUCGAUCCCUCAAUUUAUAUUCAACGUUUUGCUGCCCUGCUCGAGUUUGGCAAAGACACUACGCAGGUCAGCCUGGAUGCCUCGCGUCUGAUACAGCGCAUGGACCGCGACUGGAUGUUGACUGGCCGUCGUCCUGCCGGUGUCUGCGGCGCUGCACUCGUCAUCGCUGCUCGUAUGAAUGAUUAUCGGCGAACGCUCUUGGAAGUCACUCAAGUCGUCAAGAUCGCCGAUAUAACCCUUCGCAAACGUUUGGACGAAUUCAGACAGACCCAGAGCAGUGAUUUGACUGUCGAAGAAUUCCGCGCAGUCUGGCUCAGCGAGUCUCGAGACCCGCCCGCCUUCAUCCAAGGCCAACUUCGCAGCACCAACGAGAUCUCAGAUGCGGAGCUCAACAAGCUGAUCGGCAGCGAUGGCGAGGAGCCCGAGACUGACGGUGAAGCCAUCGCAUCAGCAAGGGAAAGAUUGCGAUCCCGCUCUUGCUCCGUGCAACCUGACGAUCAUCGCGCUCGCUCGGUCUCGGUCGAACGAGUACUGGAGAAGCACCCGGAUGUCAUCGAAGACGCAGAAGGCUUCAAGGUUCCGGCUGUGCCGAAGCGACCCAGAUCGCCGUCGCCAAUUGAGAAACAGAACGAGAGAGUUGCAGAGGUGGUGAUCAGUGACGAUAUCUACGCUCAUCUCAGCGAGCCAACAUUGCAAGAGAAGCUGAACGAGCUCGAUCGACAAGAAACAGAGAAAGAGCAUCGAAUGGCUGCCGAACGCGAACGAGAGCGCCAGCGCAAGGAAAAGGGCGAGUCUGCAGAGACAGAUGAACAGCAAGCGUUGCUCGAUGCUGCCGGCAGCCUAUCGGAUCUUGACGAAGACGAGCUGGACGAGUACAUCCUCAGUGCUGCCGAUCGUGAAGCAAAGACGCGGCUCUGGAUAACCUUCAAUCGGGACUAUCUCGAAAAUGCGGCGGCAAAACAGCGCAACGCAGAUGAAGAGGGCAAACCUCGACCUAAGCCUCGUGCUCGCAAGCGCAAGAAGGAAGAAGACUCGCCUGGCUUGCCGGCCGCUACAGCCGGAGAGGCUGCUACGAUCAUGCUCCAGAGCAAGAAGCGUGUUUCCAAGAAGCUUAACUAUGACGUUGUCUCGCGGCUCCUCCAAGAGACAGAGGACUCCGCCCGCGCUGCCGCUAGCGGAGAUUCAAGUCUUGCCUCUUCGCUCAAUGGCAGCCGCAACCCGACGCCCUUUCAUGGCUCUGACGAUGACGAAGACGAGGACGGGUUCGAAGAGCAUACGGGUAUCGAUGACGAAGAUAGGGAAUGGCAAGCGCUGCAGGCAAGCAACGCGCCGGAAGAGUUCGAGAUCGAGGGAGAGUUGUAGACGGCUCGGAGAUGUUGCGUGUACUCUAUUCAUACUUGUUGUUUGUUGUCUCUUUGCAAUUCGCUGUACAUCUGCCAUG